GAGCAUGGUUUGAACAAGGAAGUAGGGGGAUACAAGAUCGACGAAAGGACUGAACGGCGGAAGAGGUGAUAUGAACACCCUAAAUGAGAAUCCUCCUCUCCUUCCCCAGGUGCCUGUAAUCCGCUUACCUCGGCCGCCGUCUCCUUCAGGCCGUGGAUUUGAUCCUUCUUCACCGCGGGCCCUGGCCCACCAGGCUCUUGAUUCAUAUCAGAAAAUACGUUCCACUCUUCGAGAGUGCUUCCUACGAAGUCUCCUUGCUUCCUCAGGGCUUCCUGUUACCUUCACAAUGUACCAACGUGUCACAGUCUGUGCUGGGAAGUUCAAUGCCUGUGACAUGGAAGCAUAUAACUUCCAAGUGUCUAAACUGCAGACACCACUAGGGGUGCAAGAUGAGGCCUUGAUCCGUGGGCCGGACAUUAUUUCCUAUUCCUUUUAUAUUUAAUGGACAGUUGGAGAGCUAACAAAGUUUUACAUUCCA